UUCUUAUAAAGAAAGAUGUCUUCACCGAGAGAGCUAGAAGAAGCGUUCGAUUUACCCAGCGAUGAAGCUUUUGAAGAGGUAAACAAGUACAUAAAUGGAGUUUACAACAUUCUGAAGCAGGAGGCGAUUAAAGUUCGCAAGGAAAGGGAGACGUUCGAUGACGUGGCGAAGAAGCUCGAACAUGUUCACUUCUCGAAGAUGCUGAAACUGAAUGUUGGAGGCCGCCUUUUCUCGACAAGUUUGUCGACCAUGAAUAAAGAUCCAGGUUCCAUGUUACACGCCAUGUUUUCCGGAAGAUUUGACACCAAACCUGACGAGGAUGGAACCUACUUCAUUGAUCGAGAUGGAACCCACUUCCGGUACCGGUACCUUCUGAAUUAUCUUCGUACAGGGGAGCUUGUCGUCCCUGACGAUAACACUGUACGUCAGGAACUGUUGAUCGAGGCCAAAUUUUAUCAAGUUCAAGAGAUGAUAAAAGCGCUGACUCCACAACUCGCUUUCGAGGGGUCUGAGAUCCUUUCAACAGGCCAACGCAAAACUUUGAUAGAGUGGCUGAAGAACACCCCAGGCCUGGACAAUGUCAGUGUUAAAUUGCUAUACAGAGCCUCUCGAGAUGGCUGGAAUGCAUCCGACUUUCACUCCUUUUGCGAUAACAGGGGACCAACAGUUACAGUGAUAAAGAGUAAAAAUUACAUAUUUGGAGGGUAUUCUGAACAUCAGUGGAAGUCGUGUGAUUCUGGAUCGUGCGAAAGGUCGCCAACUUCGUUCCUGUUCAGUCUUGUAAACCCAGGCGGUCUUUCACCAACAAAGAUACUUCUGAUUCCUGGAAACGAAUCAAAUGCUAUCUAUUGCCGUAGUAACUACGAGCCAACAUUUGGAGGAACCAUGCAAGAAGGCUAUAAAGGAGCUGAUAACAUCAAGUCGUCAUAA